CAUCGCUUCUGAGCAGCUCCGAGCGCAGGAGAGAGUGGCAGUGAAUGUGUCUGCGGCAGCGUUUAGCUUUUAAAAAACCUUAAACUACGACAGAAGAAAACGGGACCAAAGUACCAGACGAACUCGGCAGACCGUGGACUAUGAUAAAAUUUAAACCGAGCCUGGUAACGUCGCGCGGUUUUGACGACAAGCGGCUUUUUGCACAUCUGUAGAGCAUAAUGAGGGCAUCCGCUAUUCUUUACGCCGCUUUUCCCUCCGUGGUUUAGUUAGACGCAGAGUGACACUAUUUAUAAAUGUGUCGCUUUUAGACAUCUUCUCGCGGAAAAUACACACCGAGAGGGGGACCCAGCCUGCAGAUAUUUGGUAAAUUCCCUCCUGCCGUGGGCCCUUGGGAACAGUGAAGUCAUUUGAGAAGUCACAGGAGAAGAAGACACGUCUUAAUCAUCUCGAUAGUUCAACGCAGUUUUGCAGGGGGAAAAAUCGGCUUAGCCUUUCCAUCGGCCGUACAGUCCCCCCCAUCGUGCUUUCUAUCUAUUUUUAAAUCUUACAUGGUUUUGUCUUUCUGAGCAUUCAUCGCCAACCCUCCUGUGGGCAUUUACCCCCUCACAGUUAAAGGAUGCCGGAUCAAAUAUCGGUGUCCGAGUUUCUCUCGGAGACAACAGAGGAUUACAAUUCCCCGACAACAUCCAGCUUCACCACCCGAAUGCAAAGCUGCAGGAAUACAGUGAAUGUGCUGGAGGAGGCGCUGGACCAGGACCGAACCUCCCUGCAGAAGGUGAAGAAGUCAGUGAAGGCCAUCUACAGUUCAGGUCAAGACCACGUCCAGAAUGAAGAAAAUUACGCCCAGGCUCUGGAUAAGUUUGGCAGCAACUUCAUCAGCCGGGACAACCCCGACCUGGGAACUGCCUUCGUCAAGUUCUCUUCCCUCACCAAGGAACUGUCGGCACUCCUGAAGAACCUGCUCCAAAGCCUCAGCCACAAUGUGAUCUUCACCCUAGACUCGCUGCUGAAGGGUGAUCUGAAAGGCGUGAAAGGGGACAUAAAGAAGCCCUUUGACAAAGCGUGGAAGGACUACGAAGCCAAGUUUACAAAGAUAGAGAAGGAGAAGCGAGAGCACGCCAAGCAGCAUGGGAUGAUCCGCACCGAGAUCACCGGGGCCGAAAUCGCAGAGGAGAUGGAGAAGGAACGGCGUCUCUUCCAGCUCCAGAUGUGCGAGUACCUGAUCAAAGUAAACGAGAUCAAGACCAAGAAAGGAGUGGACCUCCUUCAGAAUCUAAUUAAGUAUUACCACGCACAGUGCAAUUUCUUCCAAGAUGGCUUGAAGACAGCAGAUAAGCUGAAGCAGUACAUCGAGAAGCUGGCAGCUGAUCUCUACAAUAUCAAACAAACUCAGGAUGAGGAGAAGAAGCAGCUGACUGCCCUGCGAGAUCUGAUCAAGUCCUCCCUCCAGUUGGACCAGAAGGAGUCUAGAAGAGACUCGCAGAGCAAGCAGGGUGGCUACAGCAUGCACCAGCUGCAGGGAAACAAGGAGUUUGGGAGUGAGAAGAAAGGCUACCUGCUGAAGAAGAGUGAUGGGCUGAGGAAGGUGUGGCAGAGGAGGCAGUGCUCAGUGAAGGGGGGCAUCCUCACCAUCUCUCAUGCCACAUCCAACAGGCAGCCAGUCAAACUCAACCUGCUCACCUGCCAGGUGAAACCAAGUACUGAGGACCGGAAAUGCUUUGAUCUCAUUUCUCAUAACCGGACGUAUCAUUUCCAGGCCGAGGAUGAGCAGGAGUUUGUCAUUUGGAUCUCGGUGCUGACCAACAGCAAGGAGGAGGCGUUAAACAUGGCGUUUCGUGGCGAGCAGAGCAGCGGAGGGGAGGACGGAUUAGAGGACCUCACCAAAGCCAUCAUAGAAGACGUGCUGCGCAUGCCGGGCAAUGAAGUCUGCUGCGACUGUGGAGCUGCAGACCCAAAGUGGCUGUCCACCAACCUGGGGAUCCUCACCUGCAUCGAGUGCUCUGGCAUCCACCGAGAGAUGGGAGUCCACAUUUCCCGCAUCCAGUCCAUGGAGCUCGACAAGUUAGGAACCUCAGAACUCUUGCUGGCCAAGAAUGUAGGGAACAGUAGCUUCAAUGAGAUCAUGGAGGGAAACCUCCCCUCCCCAUCACCAAAGCCCACUCCCUCCAGUGACAUGACAGUGAGGAAGGAGUUCAUCAACGCCAAGUAUGUGGACCACAAGUACGCGAGGAAGACGUGCACGUCUGCGGCAGCUAAAAUGAUCGAGUUGUUUGAGGCAGUUCAGUCCAGGGACCUGCUGGCACUUAUUCAGGUCUAUGCGGAGGGGGUGGAGCUUAUGGAGCCGCUUCCAGAGGCAGGACCGGAAGCUGGAGAGACUGCACUGCAUUACUCUGUACGGACUGCUGACCAGACCUCCCUGCACUUGGUGGACUUCCUCGUGCAGAACAGCGGUAACCUGGAUAAGCAGACGGAGUGGGGGAACACCGCCCUGCAUUACUGCUGCAUGUACGAAAAGCCAGAGUGCCUCAAGUUACUCCUGAGGGGCAAGCCUGCCACCGACAUCACCAAUCAGAACGGAGAGACGGCGCUGGAUGUUGCCAGGCGACUGAGGAACACUCAGUGUGAGGAGGCACUCGUGCAGGCCGCAGAGGGGAAGUUCAACCCGCACAUCCACGUGGAGUACGAGUGGAGCCUCCGACUGGAGGAGAUGGACGAGAGCGACGACGACCUCGACGAUAAGCCCAGUCCCAUCAAGAAGGACCGCUCCCCAAGGCCUCAGAGCUUCUGCCACUCCUCCAGCCUCUCACCCCACGACAAGCUCUCCCUGCCGGGCUUCAUCAGCCAGAGGGACAAGCAGCAGCGUCUCUCCUACAGCGCCUUUACUAACCAGAUGUACAGCGCCUCCACCGACCUCAGCUCCUCCCCGGUGGCCGACGGGCCGCCGCUGCCACCCAGGAACCAGGGCAAAGCUCCUCCCCCAUCCGGCCCUCCCUCUUCACUCACACCAGGAGGCAGCUCCACCCUGUCCAAGAAGAGACCGCCGCCCCCCCCUCCUGGACACAAACGCACCCUGUCCGACCCACCCAGCCCACUCUCUCACAGUCCACACAGUAAAGGGAGCGUAACCGGGGGUGAGAUGCAAGCACACGUUCUUUAUUUCACUUCACCGAAUUUUUUUUCUAGCUCUACUUCAAGCAACACAAAGUCUACACUUGGUCCAAGGGUUCUUCCCAAACUACCUCAAAAAGUGGCAUUGCGUAAGAUUGACACCAUACACCAUCCGUCUGUGGAUAAGCCUAGCCUUCCUCCAGAGGUCUUCCAGAAGUCUCCGCCGCCAGCUGAAACCCCGCAGAAGGUUCCUCUGGUGGAGAGGCCUCAGCCGGGAGACCUUCCUCCAAAACCGCAGGUGUCGGAACUCCCCCCUAAACCCGGAGACCUUCCUCCGAAGCCGCAGCUCUCUGACCUCCCUCCCAAACCUCAGCUGGGUGACCUACCACCUAAACCCCAGCUCAAAGACCUCCCUCCCAAGCCUCAUCUUGCAGACAUCCCCCCAAAACCUGGGUCAGUCGAGUCUGCUCCCAGACCGCCCCACGGAGAGCCAACGCCAAGGCCUCAAAUACAGCCUCCACCUCCGCCUCAAACUCAUCCUCAACCACAACCUCAACCGCACCCACAGCCUCAAGACUCGCCGUCACCUAAUCAGCAGGCAAAUAUAGGGACCCCAUCUCAACAGUCUGCUGAAGACACCAACGGGACCCCUGCAGGGACCCAAGAGACACCUGUGCCCCUCCCAAGGAAGAUCACAACGGGGAAGAACAAAGCCCGGCGGGUGAAGACGAUCUACGACUGCCAGGCUGACAACGAUGACGAACUGACAUUUGUUGAAGGAGAGGUGAUUAUAGUAACAGGGGAAGAGGACCAGGAGUGGUGGAUCGGGCACAUUGAAGGAGAUCCGGAAAGAAAAGGAGUAUUCCCCAUGUCUUUUGUGCACAUCCUGAGUGACUGACAGCGAGAAAGACUUGCACUACACCUCUGUCCCUAAAUUGGGAGGUCCUGUAAAUAGCUCUCAUAACACCUCUUGUCACAAGACAAGUGUCCUAAAGAAAAAAAAAAACCAACAACACACCAAGAAGAAACCCCACGAAGGCUCAUCUAGCCAUGGAUGCCUCAUCCAUGCUGUACAAAGAAUGUGUGUAUUCUUCCUCUACCAGUAUUAUCUUAACCCUAUAGCACGGCUGUGACGAAGCCACUCUCAAAACCCUAGCACUUACCUUAAAGUCUAUGUUUAUGCUGUUACUGUGUAUAUAUGUAUGUAAAUAUAUAUAUUUGUGUGUGAGUGUACAUACAUGUUUUAUUGUACAAAACAUGUACCAUUGCUCUCUGCCUGUCAGAUUAAGCAUCAGGGUGGUAGAGUUUGAAUUUUAUCUGUAUUGAUUUUACCGGCCCUCAAAUAACUAUCUGCUCAUAUUUCUGGGAAAAGGACAAAUAUGAAAUGGAAUGUGAAAUAGGUCAUGUCAUUGUUUGUGUCUUGCAUCCCUGUUUACCACCACAAUUGACUGAAGAGGCAGGAAGUCUCCCACUGACUCUUCCCGAGAUGGAAGAAAGAGAAAAAAAAAAAGUCAUUUAAUGUACUCCUUGUUCUUGCUUGCUUUGUGUGUACUCGUAUUAUGGUUGUUUUACAGUAUAGAAACCUGCUGCUACUGUGUGGUGGAAUAUCAACGCCUGUGGUUCACUGUAGGUCACUAAUUUACUCCUUGUUACACUGUUCACUGUAUGUAUGCUCUGUGUGUGAACUCAACGCCAUCUCCACAGUCCUUUGACCUUUUUUCUGUGCAUGGUGUAACAAUGACUGGAAAUGAGUGGAGUGCUGCGUUCGACGACGCUCACCUCAGGGUUUGAAGAGCCACUAUUAAUAUAAAGCAGGACUGCGCAAAAGGUAUCCUGUUGUUAAAAGCCACUAUUAAUGACAAGUACGGGAAACUCCAGAGGACAUCUUAGCAAUAACUUGAUUUUUCUGACAGGCUAGAAGUCUCACAACAACCUGUGUUCACAGUUCAGUGUCUUGUAAAAACCUCAUGAGCUUGAAUUUUUUUCUUUUUAGUUUGAGUCAUGUGAUAUCAUUCUCUGUUACUGGAUUCAGUCGUAGGCAGUAUAAAAGACGGACGGAGAUGGCCGCCGGUUUGGGACUCUGUAUUUUUGAAGCUUCGGCGCUGUUUUAGUCAGUGCCAUGUUAGCUUUUCAAAGCCAGAAGUUACCUUAUAUGGCACACUGCGUUCAUAUUAUGUAUGGGUGUGCUGAGUAACACACUAACGAUAAUAAUACUAGAAUUUAACUCUGCAAAAUUGAAGGAGAAGCUUCUUGGAUGGUCUCUACCACACAGCAAACUGUGAUAUUAGUUGAGAUGAUCUAUUAAAAAUGCUCUGAAAGGCACCAACAGCACAAGUGGACGAGGCCUAGCAGACAACAAUUGGGAUGCCUUUCGAUCCAUGUGGUCACACCCCUAACUUAUAUACCUAGAUGGAUGAGUUUUUAAAAAAAGUUAUGAAGGGGGGGAAGAAACUACCCCUGAGACCAAAAAUGUUUGUGUUUUUCUACCAGGCUGUAAACAUGCUUCUUAAUGCUGUCAAGUUAUUUUAACAUGGGAGUCUACUCCCUUCUGGAGCCAGCCUCAAGUGGCCACCAGAGGAACUGCAGUUUCCCUGCUGGCUUAGUUUCAGCUCCAGCAGUUGCCCCUUGGAUUUAGUACAUUUCCAGGUUUACCUGUGAACCAGAGAUGUCUUUUUAGACGAGGUGGACUUUAGAGAGCCGAUGUAUUUUCACCUGGUCCGCACCAACCUGCAGUUCUUCCCAUGUUAAGGAACAAACCCAUCAACCCAUUGUAUCAUUAAAAGUGCUGUAUUUAAACCUUGA